UCAUAUUCGGCCCAUUGAAAUUUCGAUUUCGUAGGGGGAGCUGGCCGAAGAAAUCCUUUAUUAUUAUUAUUGUCCACGGAAUGUCGGAAUGAGCUGAUUUUCUGUGAAGCUUUGCUCGAGGAGAAGCAGCCAACUCCUCGGUGGUUAACAGAGAGAAAUGGACUUGGAGUCAGUGAAGAAGUUUUUAGAGAGAGGAGGCUACGAGAGCGAGAAUGCUUCAGUCGAUGGUUUGCCUCUCCGAUUCUUCGACCUAUUUAUCAUGCAAGGUAUUAAAGUUGAUCUCAUCGAACCAGGUCGAAUUAUCUGCACCAUGGAAGUCCCUCCUCGUCUUCUGAAUUCUGGUAAUAUUCUGCACGGUGGUGCGACGGCAUCUAUAGUGGAUUUGGUGAGCUCGGCCGUAAUCUUUACAGUUGGCCGUGUAAACACGGGUGUUUCAAUAGAGAUUAACAUCUCCUACUUGGAUGCUGCGUUUGUCAAUGAACCGAUUGAGAUCGAGGCAAAGGCUUUACGUAUUGGAAAGGCAGUUGCAGUUAUUAGUGUGGAGCUGAGGAAAAAGAGCACAGGGAAGAUUAUUGCUCAGGGACGUCAUACCAAGUACCUUCCUGUCUCUAAAAUGUGAAGGGCCUUCUACUUUGCAUCUUCCAUAAACUUGAAACCUUACUUCAGAUGAAGGUGCUGCCAACCUUACUACAUUUGUUAAUGUAUAUAUAAAACGACUUGGAGGAGAUGCGAAACCACUACAACAAAUAAUCUAGUACAUAAAUUAUCAGAUUCGAGAACAUGAAAGGGUAGGGGGAAGUACGAAAAUCCCUAGCAAUACCAUAAACUGAAAAAUUGUUUGCAUAGUAAAAGGCCCUAGCCAUUCCACAGAAACUUGGGAAAGAAUCUGCAAGGAAUUUGCUUCAACUCUACAUGUGGCUCUUAAAGUAAUAUCACGGUCCUUUUUUACCUCCA